AUGCAGGAGUUUGGGCGCUUCGCAGAGGUGGCAUGCGGCUGCAAGUCGAUGGGACACAGACCUGAAGUUCGCCGAAGCGUCUUUCACGCCACCGAACGCAUUGACUGGAAGGAGUUUGUCGAGCAACGCUUGCGCAACGACUUGUCAGCGGUGGAGUCGAUCGCCAGGAUGGAGUGCCCAGUCACCUUGCCGGACAGGACACUUCUGGAUGCCCAAGUUCCAGAGUCCGCGCCGAAGAGGAUCGUUUUUGCUGGCAAGGUCCUGCGCCAACACCUGUCAAUGACGGAAACACAGACAUGCCGGGGAUGCAUCAAGCGCUCUCGCUGCAAAUUCUUCAAAAUGCCGCCGGAGGCAGGCAUGACCGUUGGCACCAAGCAUAUUGGACGCGUGCUGUUUGGCAUGUCACAGUAUGCUCGAGCGCAUGUUCAACACCCUGAACAUUAUCCCUGGUAUUUCACGGCGGACAACCUGGCAAGCGCGACAAUCCUCCUCAAUGCCCUGGAGGAGCACCUCGCCACGGCCGAGGGCCCUGGUCUGAAAUGGAACGAUGUGGAGCUCGCCGAUGAAGGCACUGCGCGCGAAGUUCUUAUCAAAGAAGCAAUGCGCAAGGAGGAGCGGAGGCGUGCCGCCGCGGAGGAGAGGUUCCUCUCAAUGCCGCAGUGGAUGCGGGAGACGCUCCAGCCCAUCCCAAGCCGGGGCAUGACUGCACGGCAGCGCGCGCUGCUGGCAGAAAGUGGAAUUGACGCGCCUUUGCGGCACUUUGCAGCACUUUCUGCAGGACACGCAGAGAAGGAGAAGAACUGCAAGAAACUUCAGAAACUGGGUUCCUUACCUGUCGGGGCCGCUAAGGGCGAUGCGAGUCUCGAAGAGCCAGUUGAGUUGGGUGCUGCCAGUGACGAGAAGGACUGGGUCGAGGAGGGGGCCGUACCAGGUCAGCCAACCGGGCCGAUGAUUAUGGACCCCUCUCCCUCUCCGACUCCGAUGCAGGUCCCUGCUUCCAACGAUGCGGAUCGGCCGCUGAUCGAUGUCGCAGAUGCGCAGGAGCUGCCUGUAGUGCGAAGAUUUAAGCACCUUCCCGGCCAGCCUUCCGAAGCGCCGGUGCGGCAGUUCAACUCGAUGACCGGUCUCGAGACAAGCGGGAUCUUCCGCCGCCUGGGUCAUCUUCAAGGCCACCGGAUAGACUUGGAUGAAGUGGAGCUGGAGCCACAGGAGCUGGGCCGUUGGGAGGAGAUCAAGCCCGGAGGCAGCAGCGGCAGCACACUUGAGGCAGUUGGGCUGAAGCUCAAGGGUGGCUACACAAUCUCGGAGUUGGUCGGAACAGGUUCUUUUGGGGAAGCGCAGCACUUGGUGUCUCUUUCACCGGCGGGCCUGGAAGGCGUCCACCACUACAAUGUCGACAUCGCUCCGAAGAUUGUCAGCCAAGAAGCGUUGGAAGAGGUCUGGAACGCAGGAGAAGCCCAGGGAGUCAAAGACGAACUCCCAUUUCUGCGGAGGUAUCCCUUCGACACACCUGCACCACACAGUUCUGCAGGCUCCGUCAUCCCUGAGCGACUGCCAGAAGAAAAGCUGCUCUCCCGACCUGAGCCUGAGCUGCCGCCUGCUGCUCUGCGAUCGAGCAGGCAAGGCGACGGCGAGGUUGCGCAGGCAGGCAAGGAGCCUGUGAUUGACUUGGAUGAGCCUCGAGAAGACGAUGAUAGCAUCUUCGACCUCGAUGCCCGCCUGGCAUCUGAUGCGAUGCGCUUACAGCGAACGGCCGCGAUGAAUACCGUCGAAGCCAGCCAUUCGCCGCGCCAGCAGCCUGAUUCCAUGGCUCCAGGAGAGAAUGAAGACAGACGCUUCCAAGCAUGGCAGCAUCGCUCGAAUACUCGAGGUGUUGGGGUGUUCGACCCCACUGUGGAUUUCAAGUACAUGAGUGACCCGAACAGACUGGAGCAAGUUGGCGAUUUGGAUGCUGAAACGAGUGGCAUCUAUUUUCGAAGCAGUCGGCCGCUGCCCCAAGACGAGGACUUCGUUUCCACCUUCCGACGACCCUUGGAUGUAGAGGAGGCGAGCGACGAGGCGGCACUGCCAUUGGGGCCCAAUGCGGCAACAGUGGACAUCCAGGCGCUCAAGGAAGCCACGAGUCCGAAGGAUGCGCCACCGGACCCUGAGGACUGGGGCUCCCAGGGUUCCCACUCCUACAAGUUGGAGUUGCGAAUGCAAUAUUUGCAUAUAUUUGCAUAUACCUGUGGUGUCUAA